AUGAGACUCUCCGAUCUUCCAUCGGAGAUAAUCUGCAAUAUUGCUCUACAUAUUCCAACAGCAAAUGGAAUUACCCGCCUGGCGCAGACAUGCCGCCGAAUAUAUAACAUUAUCUCCGCCGAAGAAUCAUGGCUAUUCCGAGCGUUCGUCCAAACAAAAUUUCCAGCGAUCAACACGCCGCCCUUCUGGAAAGAUGCAGCAUGUGCGCUCACAUCGCGCUCACGCGCCGUGGACCGACUGGGUGUCAUCGGGCGAUUCGUGAUCUUGCCUAAGAGCAUCACCCGCAUUGGAAUCCAAGAGGAAACCCGACAGGAUAAUCCCACGAUGGGCUAUCGCCCUCCCAUCGACUCAUACGAGACCUGGAAUGGGCAGUCUUGGGCCGAUAGGAAAGAAGUUCUUGCAUGGGGUGCUGGCGAAAAACUCUUGAUGCGAAGCAAGCAGUCCGGAAAACAGCCCCGAGAUGAUUGGAUCUUAUUCAACGAUGUGGACGAGCCCAGCAGCCAUGAAGAUAUCCUAGGCUUGCAUGUUUUGCAACCGGAGCAUGGAAAAGAGGCUGAUAUUGAGAAUGUCAUCUUUGGACGGAGACAAGGCGAUAUUCGCCACAUCGCACUCUCCAUAACCGACGCCAGCUACGAAUACAAAAAGACAUUUCGAACCGAAGGGUUGGAGCUCGAUGAGACAGACUUGAUGCAUGGUUCCAAUCCGAUACUGUGUGCUCAGUUUCUUCAAGGCUCGACUGCGCUCUAUCAUACUGGUACCGACGCCGAAGAUGUCCAACCGUUCGCUUGGAUUCGCCCUGACCGAUCUUCGCGCGGCCGGAAAGCGAAGCUGCUCUCAUCAUCGCGGAUUGCCGUGGCUACUAUGGACGACAAAAAUUCUCUAGUCAUUUCAAGAAUCGCACAAGACGGAAUCUUCACGGAAGAUACAAUCGGUAUCUCUUCCCUGGACGUGGAUGACAAAUUGGGCCAUUAUACUUGCCAGGCCAUCAGCGCCAUCGCACCUCUCAACAACCACCCAUUGGCUGGGUCACCCGGUGAUGUUUUCCUCGCUGCAUGGGGUGACCGUGCUGUCCGCCUUCACGAUCUUAGAUCUCCCCGGUCUUACGAAACAACAUACGAAGACCCCACGGAUGACAACUUCAUAUACAGCGUGCGCGCGUUCGGACACGACCGUUUCCUGGUUGGAUCUGGGGGCAAUGCCCUAAUCAAACUGUUCGACCUGCGCUGCACCAGUUACAGUUACCUCGAAGCCCAAGGCCCUCGGCCGAAAGCCCCUAGCAACGCACCAAUUGCCCAUAACCACGGUCAAUAUCCAAGCAAAGAUUUCAACAUUUUCCUUUCUGCCCAGCCACCCGCUGUCUUCCACCGACACAUCACCUCCCGUCGGCGUAGAGUGGCCGCUUAUCCAUACAGAGGCCCGAUAUACAGCAUGUCCGUGCCCUCGGCGUCCUCCCCAACUGUCUAUACCGGCGUAGCAGGCGGGCUCAUCCGGCUUGACUUUGCAUCCACGGAUGAUUUAACCGGACCAGCGAAGGAAUGGUAUGAUUGCAAUCUCAAUCUUGGCUUUGAUGCAGAGAUGAAACCAGCAGAUGGGUCCAGCUUCUUCACGGUGGCGGGAUAUGAGAGACCGGACCCACGUGAUUUGACUACUACGUCGAAGCUCAGGAAACAACACGGCUCUUGGAAUUUUGAGCUCGAUGGUGUUCGAAGGAAUGUGGUGACUGGUUGGGAUCAUCGGUGGGAGGCUCUGGAAAAGCCCGGGGCCUGGCGGCGACAGGAUGGUUAG